ACACUCUUGUCUUUUGUUUAUUUGUUAUCCUUCAUAGAACAAUUCACUGUGAAUGGCUUACAGCAGCCAGUCUUGGCACCACUGGGUGGAAAACUGGAACUCAGUUGUCAGUUGUCUCCACCACAACAAGCAAAGCACAUGGAAAUUCGCUGGUUCCGGAAUCGCUAUACUGAGCCAGUAUACCUGUAUAGGAAUGGUAAAGAUCUGCUUGGACAAACUGUCUCUAAGUAUGUUGAGCGGAUUCAACUCUUGAAAGAUGACAUUGGAAGAGGAAAAGUAACGCUCAGGAUCUUUAAAGUGACUGCUGAUGAUGGUGGGUUCUACCACUGCUUUUUCAAAGAUGACAAGUUCUAUGAAGAGCACAUCACAGAAGUCAAGGUCACAGCCACAAGCUCAGACAUACACAUUCUUAUGCAGCCCCCUAAUAUCAAAGGUGUGAUGUUGGAGUGUCAUUCAGGAGGCUGGUUUCCAAAGCCUCACAUGGAAUGGAGAGACAGCAAAGGAGAGAUCAUCCCAGCUACAUCAAAAUCCCAUUCACAGGAUGUAAACAAUUUUUUCACCAUGAAAAUGACCCUUCUUAUUGAAGUCAACUCACACUGCAAUGUCACCUGCUACAUUCAAAACACUGUAACUCACCAAGAAGAAAGCAUAAGUGUUGUCCUAUCAGGUGAGCUGUUUUCAUGGAAAACCAUUUGGAUAAUGAUUCUGAGUACAUUACCAUUUGUGCCGAUUGCCUUCCACAUGACUUACUUUGUUAAAGAAUAUCUACAUGGUACCUGCUCUAACAGAACUCUUCUUUGGAAAAACAGUGCAACUGUAUUCAUUUUGGUGUUAGCAACUGCAGGAACCAUGUUCAUUUUGCAUGCAAAACAAAGAGUCCCAGUUUCAGAUCAACAUUUUGAAUUGAAUACUUUGUGGUUGGAAGAUAUUAGUGUGAUCCUGUGUAUGCUGAUAGUGUUCAACAUCAAGCUCAUGUCAUUGAUUUACUUCAGAAUGUAUGGUAAAUAUGAAGAGAAUGGUGACUAA